CGCGCCCGGCGCUGGCGUUCGACGGGCCGCGGGCGGGCAGAGCAAGGGCGGUUGCACCGACACCGGUACUUAGGCGCGGGCCGGCGUGUCCUUGGGCUAGAGAGCGGGACGUCCGUCUUCGGGUCGCAGCGGCUGUGGUGCUGAUCCCCUGCGAGCGAAUUAAAAAUGGGUGAUGUUGAGAAAGGCAAGAAGAUUUUUGUUCAGAAGUGUGCCCAGUGCCACACCGUGGAAAAGGGAGGCAAGCACAAGACUGGACCAAAUCUCCACGGUCUGUUCGGGAGGAAGACAGGCCAGGCUGCUGGAUUCUCCUACACAGAUGCCAACAAGAACAAAGGCAUCACCUGGGGAGAGGAUACCCUGAUGGAGUAUUUGGAGAAUCCCAAAAAGUACAUCCCUGGAACAAAAAUGAUCUUCGCUGGAAUUAAGAAGAAGGGAGAGAGGGCGGACCUAAUAGCUUACCUUAAAAAAGCUACUAAUGAGUAAUUCCGCGCCUUAUUUAUUACAAAACAAAUGUCUCAUGACUUUUAAUGUGUACCAUAAUUUAAUUCAUACACCAAAAUUCAGAUCAUGUUUUUCUUGGACAGUCCUGAUUUAAGUAAAAAUGACAUGUAGUAAAGUGGAUAUGAUCUUUUUUUAAAAUAACAAUUCCAGUUGCAUAAAUACUAUCACUGCUCUCCCUUUCUCAAUAUAGGAUUGGACUGAAUUAUUAAAGUUGUACUUUCCACAAAAAUGGGGGUGUCACCACAAACCUAUUGGAUGGUUUUAUACUUAAAUUUAUAUGACUUGACGAAUGAGUAUGUUUAAACCCCGGGGAAAAAACCUGUCACUGUCUCAGAAAUGAGAAGACUCACCUGUGUUUCAGUUUAUACUCACUGGUCUGUUACAGGCAAUCAUCAGGAAGUAACUGUUCUUGACUUGAUGAUGUCAUUUUAGUUAGAAUCUCCUAAGUCAAACAAUGCUGCCUUUUGCCACUGAAAGGCACUUACUGUGGUCUAUGUAUAAUAUCAAAUAAAGAGUAUUUAGCACUU